GCAGGUUUCCGGGCCGCUGCGUAAAGCAGCCCAUACCAAAAGCACACUCACGGGAUCCUCGGUUGGAGCCAUGCUUUGGCAUAGACCAAUCGCCACCAAGGUGAUCAGUGCGGAAUAUGCCAACACAGAAGACCACGGAAGAGGUCCCUUUCUCGGUUCUACAUUUCCGGGCAGGGGUUGUUGUUUGCCCAGCUGGGCUGACGCUUAUCCGAAGGGGGGGUUCACUUAUCCGAGCCGAGCCCUAACCGUAAGCGCCGACCCCGCCUCGGAGUUCCUCAAGGAGCAAGUCAUAAACAGGACAUUAUAUGCAGGUAACCACAGACUAGCCUGAAGAUAAUGCUUCAAUGUCUGAGUCCAACGCAGCCAUGCUUCUCACAUCAGACAUAGACAGUGUGGCAAAGGCCAGAAAGUUGGGUGAACUUCCACCCACCCCGCCUCACGAGAAAGAAGUCACCCCUCAAACCAUCAACGACGUGUUGCUGCAUCUUCUUCAGGAAGCGCCAGACCUACCCCUGGUUGGUUAUCCAAAGAGUUCCCAUAGAGUGAGCGACUAUGCAUACUACACUGCUCGCGAUCUGGAUGGCUUCGCCAACGGCGCAGUUGAGCAAUUGAACAAGGCUGGACUGUCCAAGUUCUCUCAUUCGACUGAAAACCGUGUCGUCGCGAUCCUUGGCCCCUCAAGCCUUGACUACAUCGUAUCGCUGUUUGCACUGACCCGAUUGGGCUAUGCUGUUCUGUUGCUCUCAACCCGUCUCAGUACGGAAGCCUAUGUCAAUCUGCUUAAGGCCACCAAAUGCACCCAUCUCCUCUAUUCUCCGUCCACUGCAAAAGCAGUAAACAAGCUUGAUUCCUCCGCGGCGAUUGCCACCUUCCAGAUUCCAGAGCACGCAACCUACUCGCGCAGCGCUUUCGAAUCAACUCUGCAGUUGACCGACAACUCUCAACUGGCUCAGAAAUGGGCCUUUAUUAUCCACUCGUCCGGUUCCACCGGGCUGCCGAAGCCCAUCUUCCAGACACACGGAGCGUGCAUCGCCAACUACAGCACCAGUAAAGGCUACCGGGCCUUGUUGACCCUGCCGCUUUAUCAUAAUCACGGCUUGUCAACGUUCUUCCGGUCGCUGUUCAAGAGAAAGCCAGUUGCAAUUUACAAUGCCAACCUGCCCUUAACGGGCAACCACGUUCUCGAGACUAUGCAGACCACGGGCCCGGAAAGCUUUCAUGGAGUGCCAUAUGUGCUCAAGCUGUUGAGUGAGGUCGAAGGUGGUGUGGCAGCAUUAGCACAGUGCCAACAGGUUCUCUUCGGAGGAAGCAGCUGCCCAGAUGAUCUUGGGGAUCUCCUCGUCAAUCAAGGCGUGCGACUGAUCAGCCAUUACGGCGCAACCGAAUUAGGACAACUCAUGACCUCCGAACGACCACCGGAGGACAAAGCAUGGAACUAUGUCCGGCCGCUGAAUAAGGUUGCUCCUUUCCUGAAGAUGAUCCCGCUAGAGGAUGGAUCUUAUGAAUGCGUCGUGCUGGAUGGGUUACCUGCCAAGGUCAGCUCGAACUCCGAUGACCCCCCGAACUCAUUCCAUACGCGCGAUACUUUCCUGAAGCAUCCGUCCAUCCCCAACGCCUGGAAGUAUUUAGGCCGACUGGAUGAUCGCAUCACACUAGUCAACGGCGAGAAGGUGCUUCCAGUGCCCAUUGAGCAUCGUAUUCGUCAAAGCCGAUACGUUCAGGACAACCUCGUGUAUGGGGUGGGUCGCCCGCUUCCAGGUCUGCUGGUCGUGCCAAGCGUUGAAUGUCAAGGAAUGACGAAAUCUGAGAUCCUGGAUAAGGUGUGGCCUGAUAUAGCUGCGGCCAACAAGAACUCCGAGGCUUUCAGCCAGAUAUCCCGCAACAUGGUGAUCGUCCUGGAUCCUGGCUGUUCGUAUCCCGCCACGGAUAAGGGCACAAUGAUCCGCAAUCGCUGCUACCUCGAAUUUGGUGAUCUGAUCGAGGGAAUGUAUCGAGAUAUCCAAGGAAGUGGUUCCGCAGCAGUGCAUCGUCGCGUAUUCAACAGUGUACAAGAGCUUGAGCAGUUCCUGCUGACACUGUUCCGAACUGAGUUAGGCUUCCAGGACAUUGAUGUAAACACGGACUUUUUCGACGCGGGCGUGGACAGUCUUCAGGCUAUCAAGGCUCGGGGCAUGAUUCAAGAUCAAGUCGACAUCGGCUCAGCUCAGUUAAGUCAUAAUGUUAUCUACGACUGCGCAAAUAUUCGGAAGCUCGCCGCCCGUUUGGUCGCAGCCCGCACAGGUCAGGAGAGCAGUGCCAAGGACGAGCUGAGUGCCAUGGCACGAUUGAUCAGCAUAUACUCGACUUUCGCCAGCAGACCAGCUGAGGAAGAGACGGUGCUCCUCACUGGUACCACGGGCUCAUUGGGGGUGUACAUCCUAUCCCGUCUCAUGCAGAAGCCAUCCGUGAAGAAGGUCUAUUGCCUUGUCCGGGCGGCAAGUCCCAGUGAUGCGCUCGACCGCGUGCUUUCAAGCCUGGCCACCAGAUCCCUGCCCAUGAUCAACGUGUCCAAAAUUGUGGCAUUGCCGUCACAAUUCGGGCGCGAGGAUCUAGGCUUGACGCCUCCGGUGCUUGAUGACCUGCGUCAGUCACUUACCAAGGUGAUUCAUGCGGCUUGGGCUGUCAACUUCACCCUGGGCGUCGAAAGCUUCGAGCAGCAACACAUCCGGGGAGUGCACAACCUGAUCAACCUGUGUCUCUCGAGCACGCGAUCGUCUCCUGCGGAGUUCUACUUUUGCUCCUCCAUCUCCGCAGCGGCAGGAACUCCUUUGCCCGCCACUAUUGCCGAGGGACCGAUCCCAGAGCUGUCGCAUGCGCAGAACAUGGGGUACGCUCGAUCCAAACUGGUCGCCGAACGAAUCAUCCAGGCGGCAGCCGAAACCACUGGCAUGGUUGCCAAAGUCCUUCGCGUUGGUCAGAUCGUCGGUGACACCGUGACUGGCAAGUGGAAUUGCACCGAAGCCAUUCCACUGAUGCUACAGACCGCGAAGACUCUGCAAGCUCUGCCCGCGCUGGACGAGACCCCGGCCUGGCUUCCCGUAGACGUUGUGGCCGAAGCAGUGCUAGAGCUCAGUGGCAUUACUCCCUCGCCAGAGGCGACAGUCUUUGCUCGAGACCCCACCGUUGUAUAUCACGUACAGAACUCCAAGACCUUCCGGUGGACGGAGGAUCUGCUCCCUGCCCUCCGGCAAGCGGGACUCAACUUCGAGAUUCUGCCUAAGAGAGAGUGGAUUCAGCGUCUCCGGGCGUCUGAUCCAGACCCGACGAAAAACCCUGCCAUCAAGUUGCUGGACUUUUUCACGGACAAGUACGACAAUGAGAGCAUGGGUCGGUCGGGGUUGAGCUUUCAGAUGGAGAAGACCGAGGCCGCGAGUCCAUCGCUCAAGGGAGGAGUGGAAUUGAUCGAGACUGGGCUCAUUCGGAAGUUUGUAGAUGUAUGGCGGACUGAAUGGUAAUCUGCUUGGUUUUUUAGGGAUUUCCAUUUAGAUUGAGAGGAGUGAUGAUCAACAUGAAGUGAUUCAAUCCGAUGACUGGGAUAGGAUGGCUGGUUGGUUGUCUUCAGGGUUGUUUCCCAUCGCCACUCGAAUAAGGCAUGGAGAUGGAUGCCCCAGGCAGCCAGAUAGUAAGGCAGCCAUGCAAGAAGGCAAAAAGGGGCCAAGCCCAAAACGGGUCAGAUGACAAAUGGAGGCUAGUCAGCCUGAGGCAUUAUAUGGUCCACUUUUAUCAGGCACCAACAAACCUCUCUCUCUCCUUCUUCCAAUCUAACCGACUGGAACAAAC